CUCAUUGAUUCCAUCUUAACUGCAGUAACAAACUCUUCAGUUUUCAAAGUGAAGGAAUCCAUGAUUGUGUUCUCCGUGAAGCCUCUUUUCAGCAUUCUCCUGGUCACUCUAUCCCUAUUGAUUGCAGUGAUUGUUUUGUUUCCUUCAACUCCAUUUUCUGAAAGAUCACUUGCACGGAAUCCUCUACUGUCUAAUUCCAACAGUGAAAAGCAGGAUAUAUGGAGUGUUCAAAGGUUACUAGACUGGAGACCCUGCAAAUGGUGGAUGGAAGGGGGUUCGACUGCGCUGCCGGCGGAGAGUAAUGGAUAUAUCAGAGUGGAUUGUUAUGGAGGCCUCAAUCAAAUGAGACGUGAUUUCUGUGAUGGUGUCGGUAUUGCUCAUUUGUUGAAUGCUACUCUGAUUUUGCCAAAAUUUGAAGUGGCUGCAUAUUGGAAUGAGUCAAGUGGUUUUGCAGAUGUAUUUGAUGUCGACUACUUCAUUCAGCAGAUGAAUGGUUUUGUAAAAGUUGUUAAAGAGUUGCCCGCAGAGAUAGCAUUGAGAGAACCAUUUCGAGUGGACUGCAGCAAACGCAAAAGUCAUUUUGAUUAUAUUGAAAGUGUUCUUCCUUCACUCAUGGAGCACCAUUAUAUUUCAAUCACACCUGCAAUGAACCAAAGAAGUGACAGGUAUCCAUUGUAUGCAAAGGCUGGGCGCUGCCAAGCUUGUUACAAGGCUUUACGCCUUUCCAGAACCCUGGAGAAGAAAAGCUCUGAGCUUUUGGAUACCAUACCCAAGCCCUUUCUUUCCCUUCACUUGCGGUUCGAACCGGACAUGGUUGCUUACAGCCAGUGUGAGUAUGCAGGUCUUUCCCAUGCCUCAGUAGAGGCCAUUGAGGCUGCACGGGGUGAUCGAAAACCAUGGACAGGGGAUGCGGCUCGUGUUUGGAGAAACCGAGGGAAGUGCCCACUUACCCCAAAUGAGACAGCUCUUAUUCUCCAAGCAUUAUCCAUUCCAACAAACACAACUAUUUAUCUGGCUGCUGGGGAUGGUCUGAUGGAAAUUGAAGGUUUAACAAAUGUUUAUACCAAUGUGUACACGAAAUCCACCCUCCUCAGAGGUGAGGAUUUCACAAGCAUGCAUGGAAAUACAAAAGCUGCAUUGGAUUAUUACGUGUCAAUCAACAGUGAUUCGUACAUGGCAACAUAUUUCGGUAACAUGGAUAAGAUGGUUGCUGCUAUGAGAGCAUCUCAGGGAUUGUUCAAAACUCUGUUCUUGAGCAGGAGGGCUUUUGCGGAGUUCACUUCAAAGGGGCUGAAAGGAGAAGAGUUAUCACAAGCCCUUUGGAGAGUUCACAGAGAUGACUUUAUGGUGGGGAGAGGUUCUGCCUUGCCUGAUUGUUUUUGCGAGUUCAAAUUGUAACUGGCACCAUAACGUUUCAUUUGAAACUUUACC